AUGCGGAUGCUAAAAAUAAUGUUUCUUUGGUCGUUCUGCCUAUCGGUUUGUCAUGGAUAUCGUUUGCUCGGACUCUUCCCCUUUCAUGGUAAAAGUCACUUCGUCAUGUUUGAGCAAUUAAUGAAGGGCUUGGCCAGGAAGGGACAUCAGAUCGACGUAAUUAGUACUUUUCCAUUGAAAAAACCUUAUCCGAAUUACACCGAUAUUGUAAAACUUACACCGCCUCACGUAUUUGUUAACAAUGUAUCGUAUGAAUUUAUGCAAGUUUUGUUGAGUGCGAAUCCGGUGUAUUCUAUAGCAACAAUGGCAGGCAAUGAUAUUUGCAAACAUUUAGAAAAUCCGGCGAUACAAGAGUUGGCUCGUAAUCCACCGAAAGAUCCACCUUAUGACGCGGUACUUAUGGAAGUUUUUGGUGCUCAAUGUUUCGCAAUCUUUCCGUAUUUAUGGGAUGUUCCAUUGAUCGCGGUCAGUACAACGGCACUGUACCCAUGGCUACCUCCACUGAUUGCUCAACCAGAAAACCUGGCUUUCGUGCCGAACAAUUGCUUGAGCUUUAUUGGUGGUAUGAAUUUCUGGCAACGUUUAUACAAUACGCUGCAUACAUUCUGUAGUAAGUUGUACUUCAAUUAUCUCACAAGAGAGCAAAGUGAGAUAAUAAGAAAACACUUUGGACCUAACUUGCCUGGCAUACGCGAACUAGAAACCAAGAUAGCAUUGAUGCUCAUUAAUUCUCACUUCGCUUUAAAUGGGAUUCAGCCAAAGACACCUGCUGCUGUGGACGUGGGAGGACUGCACAUUCAGGACGAAGAUUCUACAUUGCAACCUGAAUUAGAAGAGUGGAUAAACGAUAGCAAAGACGGUUUCAUCUAUUUCACUUUUGGUUCAAUGGUAAUGAUCGAGACGUUUCCACGUGAAUUCUUGAAUAUACUCUACGCUUCUUUAAGCAAAAUAGCACCUAUUCGUGUUUUAAUGAAGAUACCGAAUCCGGAAAAAUUGCCACCUGGUGUACCCAAAAAUAUUUAUAUGUCUCCUUGGAUGCCGCAAAUUAAAAUAUUGAAACAUCCUAAAAUAAGAGCCUUCAUCACUCAUGGCGGACUCUUGGGUACGCUGGAAGCGAUAGCAUAUGGUGUCCCAAUGAUCGGUAUACCACUUUUUGCCGAUCAAUUUAUGAAUAUCGACGCAUAUGUUGCCAGAAAUAUUGCUGUGAAACUGGACCUUCAUAAAAUGACGGAAAAAGACAUGGAUAGAGCCUUAAAUGCAAUUUUAUGGGAUCCUAUAUACAAAGAAACUGUUCGAAACUUUUCUCAAAUAUUCCUCGAUCGGCCAUUAAAUGCACUUGAUACUGCUAUUUAUUGGAUCGAAUAUGUUAUUAAAUAUGGCAGCAAUGUCUUACGAUCGCCUGCAAUGGAUUUGACCUGGUGGGAAUUAUCUCUCCUUGACGUGUUUGCUUUCCUUUUAUUUUGCGCAGCGAUUAUUAUUAUGACUGUAGUGUUUAUCGUGAAUUUUUUGUUAAAAAUAUUAAAUGGAAAUGAUCAUAAUUCGUUACAUUCAAAGAAAAAUAAUUAAUAACAUUAAUUUUAGAUAGAUAAUUU